GGGAGCACAAGUCCCGGAGGAGGUUUGAGCUAAAAGCACUCUACAGUCCGACUUUCAUCGACAUUCCUCCGUCUGUUCGGCCCGCAGAGCUGAGCCAAACGGUUCACGGUGCGUAAUUACGCACGGAGACGGUAGAUCCGCGGUGUUGCUUGCCGUGGAAAUCCGCGGACAAAGGAAGGCAGGCUGGAGUACAACAACUGACUUGAGAGGAGAGGAGUACUGUUGGAAGGGAAACGGGGGUAAUCUGGAAUCGGAAGUGAUUUGUCUUCUUUUUUUUCUGAAAUGCAACUUUCGUUCAGGAUUUCGGGGUAGAAUCGAGUCACUUUUCUGGGCGAAAAAGGACAAAAAGACUUACUGAGUGGAAUCAGUCACAUAUCAGCAUCCAGAUCCUCGGAGCAUGGGGGAACAGCCCAUCUUUAGCGUUCGAGCUCAUGUCUUCCAGAUUGACCCGGCCACCAAACGCAACUGGCUCCCAGCCAGCAAACAUGCUGUUACCGUGUCCUUCUUCUACGACGCCAGCCGCAGCGUGUACCGCAUCAUCAGUGUGGGUGGGACUAAGGCCAUCAUCAACAGCACCAUUACCCCUAACAUGACCUUCACCAAAACCUCCCAGAAGUUUGGCCAGUGGGCAGACAGCCGGGCCAACACCGUCUAUGGCCUGGGCUUUUCCACAGAACAGCAGCUGCAGCAGUUUGCGGAGCAGUUUAAGGAGGUGAAGGAGGCGGCCCGUCUGGCCAGGGAGAAAUCUCAGGAGAGGUUUGAACUGGCCAACCCUGCACUCAACAUUGCUGCCCCACAGCUCUCCCAGGAGUUUUCAGAGGAGCGUCAUUCUCCGCCGCUGCUGACCGUAAACGGGCCGGGCGAGGAAAAACUGUUUCGCAGUAAGAGCGCCGAUGUGGAGCUGACAACGGAGAAGGAGAGGGUCAAGAAGAUGUUGUCAGAAGGGUCUGUGUGUGACAUAAACAUGGAGGCUGAGCUCUUCACUUUGCAGGACAGUAAUGCCAAGCUGGUGGAGGCGCUGCAGGAAGCCAACAGCAGCGUGGAGCAGUGGAAGAAACAGCUGGCUGAAUACCAGGAGGAGACAGAUCGCCUCAGAGACCAGGUGGCAGAACUUGAGUCCCAGCUGGGGCAUCCUGCUGCUGCUCAGACGGGUAAAGAGGAGCUGAGCCGUUCACUGGAGGAGCUGGAAGCCAUGCUGAGUGCUAAAGAUCAGGAGAUUGACAAUCUACAAAGCAAGAAAACAGAUGUGGGUGAGCUAGAGAAAGAGAGAGAGGAAGCCAUGCAGAGACUUCAGGAUCUGGAGAGACGAAACACGGAGUUGGAGGAUCAGGUUCAGUGUGCUGAAAAGACGCUGGCCUCGAGCCGGGAGGAGCGGGAUCAGGUGGAGGUGGAGGUUCGACAGAUUAUCGAGGUUCUGGACGUCAAAAUCUGCGACCUGAAUGACCUGAGACAGAGCCUGGCAAAACUCAUCGACAAAUAGCGACAGCAGCAGUAGGGUUGCAUCUCCACAGUCAACGCCGGUUUCCUCCAUUUGGCCUUGAUUUGUGUUUUACUAAUGCAACAACAGAGGACAAAUCAAAGCAAUUUGGAGGGAAAUUUACAGAACUUUACCUUCAGGGAUCUGUUUUUAAGAUCAGUGCAGGUAAACAACACGUCUGAGAAACCUCUUAAAGGUGUUAUGUGCAGAAUAAACCAUCUGUACUGUAUCUCAUUGUCACAUUAAUGUCGCAACACUGGUAUAAUUAUCAUGAACAGUUAACAGUAUGGUCUGAUUAAUGACUCCUACUUGUUUUUCUAUCGCAAUUACUAUAAGCUCUGUCUCACAGACCUCCACCAAACCCCAGAGGGUAAAUUGAUUCUUCCUCCAGGUCUUUCUUUCUUAUGCCAUCUGUGACUACUGAAAACUCCUUUUUAUGAUGCCAGAAAUCAAUACAGUGUAUUUCUAUAGUAGUCAGACCUGAUGUCUCUCUAUAUGCAGAGAGGAGGCUGAUAAAAGCUGAAAGCUAAAAAUUGCUAAAAGUGAUGGUCUCACUUGUCUAGGAUAAUUAUAUCAGUGUCUCAAAAUAAACAAUCAAUAAUACACAAAGCACCUUUGAAAGGAGAAAAAUCUGUUUAAACUUGCUGUUUUGCAAAACUAGACAUUUACAACGAUUCUAAUUGUUAUAGCUUAUUUUUGUGCUAUCUUUAUUUAAUAUAGAGUGGGUAUUCCACCCCUCUUAGUGUAUUUCUCAAUUUAACAGAUUAAGAGGCAUGAGUAGGAGUAAGACUAAAAAAGAAUGAAAUAUAAUGACUUUGACAAGGAGUCUCAGUCAAUCACUGAUUAUUACUGCAGUCAUCAGCACUUGAUAUGGUUUAAAGAUACAGUUUUACGGACAAUAACAUUUUAUACCUAUACUAAUUAACUCAUUUUAUGGACAUUUUGUUAAUAGAAACAACAAAGUAACUGUCCAUAAAUGGUUCUUGCUGUGUAGUUUGGCAGAAGCCUAUUACACAUUAAACUAAUAGCCUGUAUAAAUAAGGCAUUUAGAUUUGUAUUUUCUCAUUCAAAUACAGUGAGACAGUGCUAAGAAGAUAAAAAAUCAAGACAGUAGUAAGUAAAAUGUCUACUUUUACAAAAUCAUAAUAUCUAUUUUGGUGUCCUCCUUGCUUAAUGACUGUUGAGAUGCACCCUGUUGGAGUUUGGUCAGGGUAAGGACAAAUGGAGGCAAAAACCCUGUAUAAAGUCGGCUACAGUUCACCAUCAGCAGCCUGGACUGGCCUCACACCAGCCAGAACAUCAACAAACUCAGAGAUGCAACAACUUGCUCCUGUCCUGUCCUCUGAGGAUCGCCAGCGUACAACUUUUUUUUGGUUUGUUUGACGAGGACUGCUUUUUCUCACCACUUAUUCUAUUAUUCAUGUUCAUCGAUGAGUUGCUGGCAGUCAGGAUGGGAAAUCAACAAUGGCUACCAGCCAAAAUGCUGCUAAAUUCAAGCCGCGGCUGGUAGGUGUGUCGUCUCCACCAGCCGUUUUGACAGGUAGCUCAACAUUUGAAGGGAAGGCUGUGAUGUGUCACUGUGGCAUAUGGACAGACGCUGCUCUCCCAACCUGAUGGGAGAUUGCACUUGAUAAUGUUUGUGCCAAGUUUUAUUUUGUUUACAUUUGUCAGUGUUCACAGAAUAAGCCAGUUGUACUUUGUAUACUUUCUCUGUGUUAUGCAACACUAUCAUUUACCAUAAUAGUAAUAAUAAGCAUAGAGAGAGGCUCAGCGAAGCCGCAGAGCAUAGAUCACUAUGAGAGCACUGCAUGAGCUCUGCAGAAGUCCCGUUCUUGCCAAGGAAUGGGAGGCUGUGUGUGUGUGUGUGUGUGUGUGUGUGUGUGUGUGUGUGUGUGUGUGUGUGUGUGUGUGUGUGUGUGUGUGUGUGUGUGUGUGUGUGUGUGUGUGUGUGUGUGUGUGUGUGUGUGUGUGUGUGUGUGUGUGUGUGUGUGUGCGCGCACAUUUCUUAGCAGCGAGCGACCUCAGACUGCUCAAGUUAAAAAGCACAACUGCAGUAGUUUUAGUAAAUGGGUACUUAAUUAACUUGUCUGUCAGCUUUGUAUGUAAACUUCUGAUGCACAUUAUCUAUUGAUCUCUGCUUCUGGCCCCCUGAUGAGUUAUUGAUUUCUUCAUAUAACAGUAAUAUAGGUACAAAUAAGGUGCAGACUUUUGCAGCUGAUGCAGCAGUAACUGCCAGCGUCAUAAUAACAUGUCAAAAUGUGACUCAGAUAGGUCAUAAUAAAAUCUGGUCAUGUAAUAAACUACCAGAUAAUUAUAUUAAGCUGAAUUUAUGACUUUAUAAGGUUUGUAAUAUUUGUAAUUGCAUGACAGCUUGAAUUACAUUUUUUCUUACAAGAUUUGCAAAAGUAGCCAAAAUGAUUACAUCAGGAGCCCCAAUAACCUUUAGUAAUAAUAUGUUACGGUGUUAUGUAGCUAUAUGUUACAUUAAGAGGUUUUACUGUACUUUCAGUCCAGAAAGACUGACGUUUCAUCACUUUGACAAGUUAUUGCACCAUCUGGCAGUUCUGGACUCAGCUGCUACAUGCAAGCAUCACUGAAUUAGCAAUAAAGUUUCUAGCAUAGACGCUUUGUUCAUAGUUGUUUCCAGUAAUUUGUAGGUAAUGAGACCUCUGCAAAGCCUUUCUUUCAUCCAUUUUAACAACAUUUUAAUGACAGAUUCUACCCGCCUUUUAUCAAGCAUAAAGAAAAUGCAGAGGCCAACCGCUCCUCAGCAUGGGCUCCACACGGCUGAUGUCAGAAACUCUUACAGUGGCCUUAUUCCAGUGUAUAAUUACCGCACAAUAGCACUGUUAAUGCAUGAUGAAUGGGUCUUAUAUGCACAGAGAGUGGUACAGGGAGACUAUCCUUCACCUGAAAAACCAGGACUCAACUCUGAUCCCAUAGCUACCCAUGGAGGGGUUCUGCUUGGCAACAGAGGAGACGGAUUGUCUUCAAGGAUCAAUUAAGUUGUUGAAAGUCACCAACUGGAGCAGAGGUUAGAUAGUUUAGGUAGACUGGAUAUACCAAGUUAUAAAAGUCCCUAAAAUUAACUGAAUAUAUGAAGAUGGACUCUUUAAAUACACUGGAAUAAGGCCUUUUUAAAACAAAACUGUUGCUAACCACAUGAGAGAAUGGAGUACCAAAGACACACCUGUCACGCUCAAGCCACAUCAACUGGAAUUAACAAGCCGCCUGUACGAUGCUGAACUUCAUCUCCAUCAGAUUAUCAAAAUUAAGUUUGUUGCUCAUGAUUGCUCAGUGUCCAAAUCAUUACACCUUUCAGUAAGACUCAAAAUACCUCAGAAUACUUAAUUUAGUUCAGGUUUCAUUGAAGUAUUGGUACAGAUGAGAGGAAAACUGUCGACUGGUGUUGGUCAGUUCAAGGCCACAUUUUAGAUUUUUCACAACAAUUAAUGAGUUUGAAGAUAGGUGUUUGUAUGGGAUUUGACAAUGUGAUAGGAGUUCCUUAUAUUUGUAUAGAACUGUUUAACAUUAAA